AUGUGUACUAACAAUAAUCAUUUAUAUCUGAAUAACAUUUUUGAUGAGACCCAUCCAGAAUUAAUAGAUUUACAUGAAAAUUUACAAGAAUUCCAAAAUGAUUUUAUGGAAACUUCAUCUGAAGAUAUUGAAACAGAAAAUAUUAUUGAGACCAAUGUGAUAGAAGAUUUUGAUGAUGACUUUGAUGAUGAAAUAAAUAAUGAAGUUUUUUCAGAAAUAGAAAUUAAAAAUUUUGAAAAAAUUUACAAUAAUGAACCAAUUGAAGAGUCAGAAUUAGUGAAUUGGAAGCUGAGAAAGAAAAAUUAA